AUGGGGGACAGCGCGGAACAGGGCUCCCUCGAGACUCGGGAUGCCUGGCUUGCCGCUCUCAGAAGCAGUUCGACAAAUCUCCGCAUAGAAGCACUGAGGAAAUUGCAGCAAAGUAUCCAAGUUGCUGAUGAGACGGUCUCCAAAGAAUUGUUGAUUGUAUUGCCCGCUCUCCUUGCGACAUAUCCUCGAUACCCAGAUCGAAAAUCUCGCCGAGCAGUGCAGUCAUGCCUCCGAGCAUAUCUCACGACUCCCUCUACCUCCGACGUUGCCUAUGCUGCCAUAGCAAAAUUCCUGUUACAAGAGAGCCAAAAGCCGGUCAUAGCCCCCGGAAAUGCAUUCGUCCUGCUUGAGUGGUGUUGCUUGGUCCAACAAGAAAUCCGGCUCAAUGAGAAGUCAUUCGAACAAUACUUUGGGAAAAUAUGCUGUGCUGCUGCCCGCCUCCUAGACAAAUGUGAAGACAAAUCUGUCCGUGGCGGAGUCCAGGAGUCGGCCUUGACAAUCGCUAGGAGGGGUUUGCGUGACGCAUUCAAGACGAAACAGGUCGGAGACAGAGCCCUGCAACUCGCCCUGCACGACGCUGCAAGUUCCUCCGAAGCAAAUGCUAGCCAUGCCCUUUACGUGGGAGCGAUUGCCGGGGUCAGUGCUCGCAUUGCAGAGAGGAGGGAAGAGCUCCAAGCUUCAAAGAAGCAGGUCCUUGACUUCUAUGUCAAAUCCGUCGUAGGCUCAAAAACCCCUGUGCCAUACCAGCAGUCCAUGGGUCUCAAAGAUUUCUUCCUCGACUUCGUCACCCUCCAGGAUGUGGGGGAAGUCUUGGUUCCAGCAAUGGAGAAGGCCAUUCUGAGAUCGCCCGAAGCUAUCCUUCAAGGUCCUAUCGAGGCGCUGGCUUUGUGUCUGCCGUUGUCACUCGAUAUUUCAGGUUUCGUCCAUGGGAAGCUGGUGAAACCGCUCUUAUCAGCAAUGAAUUCCACCAAUGCCAUCAUUCGCGAUGGUGCAGGUAAGGCUCUGUCAGCCCUUGUCAAGCGAGGAGGGUCUCCAGAGGUGCUGCAAAAGAUUGCUGGGGAACUGGGAUCCGCAAUGAAAUCCUCAAAGGCUGGAAGCUUUGAAUUACGCGGACUUUUGGCCGAUACCUUGACAAUGAUUGCUCCCCAAUCGACCACUUCUUCUGUUAUUGCUGAGUUUAUCGUCCCCGUGGCAUCUAAGGAGGCCAACGAGGGGGCAUUGAGAAAAGAGGUUGCUGCGUUAGCAACACAUCUGCCUCUUAUUGUCACAGCUUCGUCGAUUAAUAAGACGAUUUCGGACCCAAUUCUCAAGGGCUGCGCUGACAAGAGACUUCCCUUUCGCAAAUUAUGGGUUCUGUGUCUUGCAAACGUCCUCAAAAGCCUCAAAGAGAUUCCAUCAGAGCAAGUGUCACGAGAUUUUGUCAAGUUGUCUCUGAAAGACCUGAAAGAUGCGUACGACGAAGUUGCUCUCAAUCCCCUCCCAGCGACCCAGAAUGGUUUUGUUGCUGCAGGUUUUGGUCUUCCCGCCCUGCUUGACGCCCCGAUCCUGCAGACGGAUGAGUACAAAUCAAAUACUUACGGUGAAAUCAGCAAUCAGUGUCUGACCGCUCAAACGAAAUUGUCUUUUCUCUUGAAUUCAAAGGUCUAUACGCGACUCUCGUCCCCAGACGACUGUCAAUGGGCACUGUAUGCUUUGACUAACCUCACGCAAAAUCUCGAGCAAUCAUCAGAAGAAGCCAAAACAGCAUGGGCAAGAGCAGUCUUGCAUCUCCUGCUUACCCCUGAGGUCGACUCCAGUGUGCGUAAGGAGACUGGGGUUGCUUUAUCACAAGCCUAUUCGAAACAACCAGCUCCAGUCGGUCACAGCAUAGUGCUUGGUAUCUGGGAUGUCCUUCGAUCCCGUGCGCUAGAGCUAACAAAGACGGCCGAACAGUCUCUGAACGACAACCGUUUGCUUCAGGCAGUGAAGUGCAUCAGCAUACCGAGGGACAAGCUGGAGAAUAUGACCCCGGAAGCGGUAAUCGAGGUGCUGGAGCAACAGGCCAUAUCUACGGUGGUGCUAUUACGUCCUGAGCUGAUUAUCAACUCCGACUGGAUUGCAACAUGCCUCGCCACCGGGAUCGACCCGGGAGAACUGGCGAAGGGGCGACAAGAACAACUUUUCAAAGAGAUACUUUCACAUUUUGAGGCCGGCAAGAUGGCACCGUUGACGAUUUUCGAGAUCGCUGCCUGUAAUUCUGCAGCUACACUGGCAUUCGUGGCGCCGGACGUUUUUACACCCGCCUUGAUUCGUCAAUUUCGGAAAGAUCUAGACCCUGUGCAGUUGGAAGCUGUUGGUCCCACUGAGGCUCUCAUUGCUAGAGCCCCAGAAGGCACUGUUGUCGUCGACGUCCUUGGCCAGCAGACAAACGGAAUUCUCGACAACAAGAACCAGAAAGACUACGACGUUCUCAAAUGGGAAGAAGAGAUCCGCAGUCAGCUAGCUAAAAAGAAGGGGGCACCCCCGAAGAAGUUGACGGCAGACCAACAGGCAAAGAUCGACGCCCAGCUUAAGCACGAAAGUGCUACACGGGCUCGAGUCAGGCUAAUCUCGAGCAACAUCAGAAGGGGUGCAAGAUUCGUUGAGAGUCUUGCUCACGGUCCGCCAACAGAGGCAGGACUUUGGAUGUCUCCUGCCGUCACUGCGCUUCUGGGAUCUCUUGAAGCGGGAGCAGCACUCAUAGUCGAAGACGAAAUCCUCUCAGCGUAUCUUGCCUGCUCCAACAAGAUCUCGGACCGGCUUGGAAAUAUGCGCCUUUUUGUCGGCGUUGCUACUCUCAGGUCUCUGCGGAACGCAAAUGUUCCGGAGCACCUCUGCAUGGAACCACUUGCGGAGCUUGGAACACGAGUGUUAUACAGGUUGAGAUUUGCUGCUGAGCAGCGCCCCUUUGACACCGCCAGCACUGCAUAUGCCCUGCCUCUGAUCUUUUCCGUCCUCGAGAAUGGAAAGGUAGGAGAUGUAACAGGUGAGGACGCUGACGCACAAGUCCUUCUUGCGCUCGAAUUCCUAUCCUUCCAGAUGGGAUCCGGUGCCGACGAGCAUCUUCCAAGAGCAGACAUUUUACGCCAAUUGAUCAAUGCAAUGCGUAAGUAUAACCAGCACUAUCGCAUAAUCAGAGAUUGUCUGUUUGAUUUCUGCCGAUCAAUCUCAGAAAAUGUCACCGCUCAGGAGCGGGACAUUCUCCUAUCUGCUGUUACCCUCCCGGAGUCUGCCGUUCGGUCUGCGGUUCUUCAAGCAAUUCAUUCAGAAAUCGACCUUUCUGAGAUCGACAAUUCUGUCCAUAUAUGGAUUGCUUGUCAGGAUGAAGAAGACGAAAAUGCGGAGACUGCGCUGGCCGUUUGGGAAGAGUUCGAAUUCACCGUAACCGAAGAACUGGUCGAUAGCAUCCCUCCAUUCUUAUUCUCAGCGGCACAAUCGACCAGAGCGGCGGCAGCAAGAGCUCUUGCGCAGGCACUUAUCCAGAUCCCUUCGAAGACCGAUUCUGUAUUGGCAUUACUCGAAGAGUCUUAUCGCACGGAAGCUCAGCCACUGGUCCCAAAGCGGAACAAGUUCGGUAUUGUGCAGAAAGGGGAACUAGUCGAUCGGUGGGAGAGGCGGAGCGGGCUUGCUCUGGCAUUCAAAGAGCUUUCUUCGGUCAUGAGCGAGUCUGCUUUGCUGCCCUUUAUGAACUUCCUGGUUCACGACGGUGCCCUCUCAGAUCGUCAUGCUACAGUUCGCGCAGAAAUGGUCGAGACGGGCACGGUCUUCGUGGCAGCACGAGGGAAAGAAUGCCUGGAGCCUCUUAUGGGGCUAUUUGAAAAGGUGCUACAGAGUCCUGAUAAAGGAACCGAAGAAUCAGAUUGGGUCAAUGAAGCGGUAAUCGUUCUCUACGGGUCCCUGGCAAGACAUCUUCCCGAUGGCGACAGGCGGACGGGGAAUGUGAUACAGAAGCUCCUUGAUACUCUCAGCACGCCAGCCGAAUCCGUUCAAUAUGCUGUGGCCAACUGCUUGCCUCCACUGGUUCGUCCUCCCUCGGUCGAUGCCGGGCCUUAUAUCACUUCUCUUCUAGAGCAGCUUUUCCAGUCCAAGAAAUAUGCCGCACGACGAGGAGCAGCCUACGGUCUCGCAGGCAUCGUCAAGGGGAAAGGCGUGGCUGCCUUGCGACAGCACAGGGUGAUGGUCGCGUUGCGAAGUGCGACCGAAAACAAAAAGAGCCCUGAGGAGCGACAGGGUGCAAUGAUGGCCUACGAACUACUGUCCUUGCUGCUCGGACGAACCUUUGAACCAUAUGUGAUCGAGGUCCUUCCCCAGUUGCUGACAUGCUUUGGCGAUCCCGUUGCGUCGGUCCGUGAAGCUUGCUUAGACACUGCAAAGACGUGUUUUGCCAGCCUGAGCUCCUUUGGCGUGCGCCGUGUCCUGCCUGAGUUGCUGGAAGGGUUGAAUGAGACACAGUGGCGAAGCAAGAAAGGAGCCUGCGACCUUCUCGGCGCCAUGGCUUACCUUGAUCCGCAACAGCUGGCUACGAGUUUGCCAGAAAUCAUACCUCCUUUAACAUCAGUUCUGACAGACAGUCAUAAAGAGGUUCGCGCUGCUGCCAACAACAGUCUCAAGAGAUUUGGCGAAGUCAUCACAAAUCCGGAGGUUAAGAGCCUCGUCGACAUUUUACUCAAAGCACUGAGCGACCCGACCAAAUACACGGAGGAAGCUUUAGACGGGCUGAUCAAGGUUCACUUCAUCCACUAUCUCGACGCACCGUCACUCGCCCUCGUGGUGAGGAUCCUAGAGCGCGGGCUCAACGAUCGAUCAGCUACCAAACGCAAAGCUGCUCAGAUCAUAGGGAGCCUGGCACAUCUUACCGAAAAACGUGAUAUCGUCACUCACCUGCCGAUCCUUGUCACAGGUCUGCGUCUUGCGGCCGUCGACCCGGUACCUGCCACUCGAGCAACUGCUUCCAAAGCUCUGGGCAGCCUCGUCGAGAAAUUGGGCGAGGAUGCCUUCCCCGAUCUUAUACCAAGCUUGAUGUCGUCACUUCGUACAGAUACCGGUGCAAGCGACCGCCUUGGGUCUGCACAGGCUCUCAGCGAAGUCCUCGCUGGCCUGGGCACUGCCCGCCUUGAAGAAACUCUGCCAUCGAUCCUACAGAACGUCGCCAGCACACGGCCCACCGUAAGAGAGGGAUUCAUGACUUUGUUCAUCUUCUUGCCAGCAUGUUUUGGCAACAGCUUUGCUAACUAUCUUGCUCAAAUCAUCCCAUCUAUUCUCAGCGGGUUGGCGGACGACAUCGAAGCGAUCCGCGAGACCGCGCUCAGGGCAGGCCGAUUGCUUGUGAAGAACUUUGCGACCAAAGCCAUCGACCUGUUGUUACCAGAAUUGCAGCGCGGAUUGGCAGACGACAGCUACCGUAUUCGUCUCAGCUCAGUCGAACUUGUUGGAGACCUGCUCUUCAACCUCACCGGAGUCAGUGCUCAAACAGAAGCUGAAGAGGAAGGCGAAUCUGCAACACAAGCAGGACAAUCUUUGCUGGAAGUCUUGGGCGAAGAAAGACGCAAUCGGGUCCUGUCUUCGCUCUACAUUUGCCGCUGCGACUCUUCUGCUCAAGUUCGAGCAGCUGCCAUCGCUGUGUGGAAAGCACUGGUUGCCACACCAAGAACACUCCGCGAAUUGGUGCCGACGCUCUCUCAAAUGAUCAUCGCUCGUCUUGCCUCGUCCAACAUGGAGCACAAAUUCAUCGCUGCCAAUGCUCUGGGAGAAGUGAUUCGCAAAGCUGGAGAGGGUAUCUUUGCCUCGUUACUCCCAUCGCUUGAGGAAGGUCUUCAAACCGCUACCGACCCAGACAAGCGACAGGGCAUCUGUAUCGCGCUGAGAGAGAUUGUCAACGCCGCUUCCCCCGAGUCGCUAGAAGAGCACGAAAAGAAAUUGAUUGCCAUUGUCCGAUUGGCACUGACUGAUUCCGAUCCCGAAGUCCGCGAGGCUGCUGCAGAAUCGUUCGAUUCGCUCCAACAGAUGUUUGGCAAACGAGCUGUGGAUCAGGUAUUGCCGCAUCUUCUGAACCUGUUGCGGAGCGAAACGGAGGCUGAACAUGCACUGUCUGCCUUACUCACCUUGCUCACCGAAGCCACAAGAGCCAACGUUAUUCUGCCUAAUUUGAUCCCGACGCUCCUCACCAACCCCAUCAGUGGAUUCAAUGCUCGAGCUCUGGCUUCGUUGGCUAGAGUUGGAGGUGCAAGUAUGACUCGUCGGCUGCCGACAAUACUAAACAGUCUUGCGGACAAUAUCGUCACAUGCAAGGACGAAGAACUUUUGAAGGAACUCAAUGAGGCAUUCGACGCGACCUUGUCUUCCAUUGAUGAAUUCGAUGGUCUUAAUACGGCCAUGAGUGUCAUGUUGGCGAUGAUCAAGCAUGACGAUCACAGAAGACGUGCACUGGCUGCAAAUCAUUUGGCGACAUUCUUCGCAGAUCCCGUUGUCGACUAUUCGCGGUACAACCAAGAUCUCAUCCGUGCCCUCCUCAUCUCAUUCGGCGAUAGGGACCAAGAAGUUGUCACGGCCUCAUGGACCGCCCUGAACCAGCUGCAAUCUCAUUUGCGUAAGGAAGAAAUGGAGACACUUGUCGUCUCCACUCGGCAAGUCCUGCAGCAGGCUGGAACCGCGGGUUCUGUGCUGCCCGGUUUCGCGCUGCCAAAGGGCAUCCUGCCUGUGCUCCAGAUCUUCCUUCAGGGCUUGAUGAAUGGUACAACCGAGCAACGAGUCCAAGCUGCCAUGGGCAUAUCAGACAUCAUUGAGCGCUCCAGUCCUGACGGACUGAAGCCAUUUGUUACGCAAAUCACGGGUCCGCUCAUCCGUGUCGUUGGGGAGAGAUCCAUGGAUGUCAAAUGUGCCAUUCUGUCCACUCUCAACCUGCUCCUCGAGAAAAUCCCUACUUUCUUGCGUCCUUUCCUCCCUCAGCUGCAGAGGACAUUCACAAAAUCUAUCGCCGAUCCAACCAGCGAAAUUCUCCGGACACGGGCAACGAAGGCGUUGAGUACACUCAUCACGUUGACACCUCGCGUCGACCCCUUGAUCGCCGAACUUGUCACCGGUGCGAAAACCCCCGAUGCUGGUGUCCGCAAUGCCAUGUUGAAAGCGCUUCAGGAGGUCGUCAGCAAGGUUGGUUCCAACAUGUCCGAUGGUUCCCGUGAGUCCAUUUUGGGACUCAUGGACAGCCAACAAGACGCCCAGGACGACAAUAUGAUGAUGACCAACGCUCGUCUCUUGGGAGCUAUGGUUAAAGUUCUUCCUGCAGAGAAAGCCGCGACCUUAAUCAAAACCCGCGUACUCGUGCAACCUUUGACGAGUGCGUCGAUCCUUGCUCUGAACGCUGUGCUCUUGGAAAUCGCCGCGACCUUGAUCGAAAAUCCGACCUACGCGGAGGAUACCAGGAACGUCCUCAUCAGCGGGCUUUCUGGGAAGAGCGGCACUUUUGUGCAACAGAAUGCUGUGCUCGCACUGGGCAAAUAUCUCCUCUCUCUGCAUGAAAUGUCCUCCGACGCCCAACAAGAAGAAACUUGUAGACCGUUGUUUGAAGCGCUCGCCUCGACAAUCCCACCAGGAGGAGACAUCGACUCGCGCCGCCUUGCCCUGGUGGUCAUCCGCACGAUCUUCCGCCACCACGGCAACAGCCUCCGUGAGGACCACAAGCUGCUGGCCAUCCUGGUGCCGCCCGUGUUUGCAUCGGUCCGGGACGUCGUGAUCCCCGUCAAGUUGGCCGCCGAAGCUGCCUUCCUGGAACUCUUCAACGUAGUCGACGAGGACUCGGCCGUCUUCGACCAGUACAUGGCCUCGGAGGACGGCGGCAAGGCGCUGGGCGUGGGGCCCACGCGAGCCAUGGGAGACUACUUCAAGCGCGUGGCGCUCCGGUUGGGCACGCAGGCGCGCGAGCGGAGGGAGGCGGAAGGCGGCGUCAAGGGUGGGCUGGGGCUGAGUUCGGACGAAGAGGAAGACGAGAGGGAGGUCUGGAGCGUGGGACGCGUGGAUCUGGGUGAAGCGGGAUUUGGCGAGGAAUGA